GGUCACGAGUGCUGGAUUCAAUCGACUCAAACUGCUGCGCCGGCGGCUUGCUGUUACGGCCGAACAAGUAACACGUGACUUGAGCUUCUGGAGUUUUCUGCGUGCAUGAUUCACGAUUUGAUUGGUGAUUCGGAACUGAGAGCAGGCGUGCGUGAGGUCAGGUCCGGACGAGGCGAGACCCUUUGGAUGGCAAUACCGCCCACACGGCGUUGGUAAGAUGCUAUUGGGCCUUCACCCUCGACGCCUGCCUUCUUCAUUAGUCUACGUCAUCGACACUCUAGGCUGGCCCUUCUCCUACUCACACGAUUCAAAGUCUUGGUCACUGCUAGCGACAUGUUCUCACAGCGGACGAGCGCUGGAGCUCUGCGCGGUCUGGCUAGACCGCAAGCCAGGUGUCCCCGGUGGCAAUGCAGCUCAUCAAGCAGGGCCUCAUUCGCAUCAUCUAGUACAGCACACGCACAAUCCAGCCACUCCUUUGCCACUGCGGGCACUCGCCACCGUCUGGCAUGGGCAGCGGGUCUAGCUGGGAUGGGCGCUAGCCUGUAUGGAUACAAUCUCCAUCUCUCCUCCACUCAUUCCAACGCGCUCUCUUUAGACUCGGAUUCCUUGCCUAACACGGCUCCGUUGGCUGCCAAGAGAGCGAGUUACUCGGACAGGAUCAAGGCGCACAAGGGUGGACCGAUCGAGCUCAUCAGGACCCGGGAAAGGCAGGAGGAUAUUGAGCAAGAACACGACGUCGAAAACUCCGCCGAGAGCCACAGUGGUGAGUUAGCGGUGCUCGGACCGCACCGCACCGUUCGUCUACAACAGAGUCAGCAGCUCCGCUUCUGUCACUUUACAAGAGCACGCAAUUGACGGAACGCAUGCCAUUCCGCUCACAGCCAACUUUGCCAAUCUGGAAGAGGAGGCGGCUGAAGAAUCGGGUCAGGAAGGAGCUUUCGAUCCGGUCACGGGCAAGCUGAAUUGGGACUGUCCCUGCUUAGGAGGCAUGGCUUAUGGACCGUGCGGAGAGCAGUUCAAAAAGUCGUUCUCGUG